AUGCAGGCUACUCUACCUCCAUCGCCAAUGCGCUCCCGCGCGUCAUCGGGGAGCAAGUCGCCACUUUCUCUCGACCUUUCAGACCUCCCACCGCUCGUCGAGCCAUCACCUCCAUCAAACACACUCAUCAUAACCAAUCUUCUCGCACCCGAGAUCUUCUCACUAUCAACCCUCACCGAGAUCCGCGAAACCGUAGACAAAUAUGCGAAAGUACACACAUGGGCGCCACUCAAGUCUUUCCGUCGCAUCGUAGUAUCCUUCUUCGACGUCGACUCUGCGAUCCAGGUCCGACAAGCCCUCGAUGGCGAGCAACUUAUGGGCUACCGCAUCCGCGUCUACUUCGGCGUAAACACGCCCAUGAACCCCUCAGACCAGCACCUCGCCCUCCCCAAGUCCGACCGACUAUUCUUCAUCUCGCCGCCGCCCUCACCACCUAUGGGCUGGGAGAUGAAGGAAGAGGAUGCGCCGAACAAGAUUGUACACCCGGAAGACCUUGCGGCAGCGCUGGCCCGGUUACAUGCAAACCACGAUGCGACUUCGCCUACCACCGACCACGGCGGCCCAUCGAUCACAAGAAGGCGAACUGGCAGCACCACUGUUGUCUACCACCCCGAAGACCACGGUGACUCGCCAAACCUUCCAGCCAUAUCCGUCGAAGACACAACUGAGACACCUGAGCCGUUGACACCCAUCGAUGCGAUGGAGGGCGUCGAGGGCCCCAUCGCAUCGCAGAAGGCGCAGGGCAUAGCAGUCAGCACAUCAAGGCCGCCAGUCGAGCUCAUGCAGUAG